UUUUGCUUCGCUCUCUCCGGCAUUCCUACGGUCCAUGAACGCAGCAGCGGCGGCCCAGCGUCCAGUAGAAGGAGGUCUCCGGUUUUAUCUAACCCGGCCGAGCACGCACAAACAUGGCGAUGAUGCAGCGCGCUCUCCCCCGGUCGCUGUGCGUGUGGCUCCUCUGGCUCGCCGGGAUUCACGCGUCUUCUAACCUCCACCUGCACGCCGAGCGGCCGCACGGAGGCUUCUUCACCAUAGAAGCGAUGAGGAGUUUACAGGACGGAGGAGCUGUGUGGAGGUGGUGGUGGCGGAGGCGGAGGCGGAGGCGCCCGCCGCCGCCGAAGCGGCUUCGCUGCCGCCUCCGGCCGCUCCGAGAGCCGCUGCAGGCGGGCCGGACUCCGGCGCUUAUCCGCAACAUCGAAGCCGCCGGAGCCCCGGAGAGUCGGCCAUGCCGAAGGUGUACGGGCAGGUCAACCUGAACGACUCCCACAACCAGAUGGUGGUCCACUGGGCCGGGAAGAAGAGCGACGUCAUCGUGGCGCUGGCCAGGGACAGCGCGGGGGCCAUCGGACCCAAGACCAGCUCGGUCUACGUUUCCUACGACUACGGCACCACCUUCGCUCUGGUUUCUGACAGGUUCCGUCUGUCGGGGGUGAAGGCCGAGGGCGGCAACCAGCAGGUCAUCUCCCAGUUCUACCACAGCCCCGCCGACAACAAGAGGUACCUGUUUGUGGACUCCACCAACGACUACCUGUGGAGCACCUUUGACUUCUGCGGGGCGGUGAGGGGCUUCUCGCUGCCCUUCAAGCCCACCGACCUGCUCCUGCACAGCCGGAGGGCCGGCCUGGUGCUCGGCUACGACGGAUCUCACCCCAACAAGCAGCUGUGGAAGUCCGAUGACUUCGGAGAGACCUGGGUGUUGAUCCAAGAGCACGUCAAGACCUACUUCUGGGGCGUGGAGCCCUACGACCCCCCCACCACGGUCCUGGUCCAGAGACACGAGCCGCAGGGCGUCUCCACCGUCCUCAGCAGCACCGACUUCUUCCAGAGCGACCAGAACCGCACCGUCAUCCUGGAGCAGGUGGACAGCUUCCAGCUCCGAGACAAGUACCUGUUCGCCACCAGCACGCAGAAGCUGUUUGGAAGCCACCAGCCGGCGUCCGUCCAGCUCUGGGUCUCCUACAACCGGCAGCCAAUGAAAGCCGCCCACUUCAUGACCCGGCAUCCAAUCACAGAGUACUACAUCGCGGACGCGUCGGAGGAGCAGGUGUUUGUGUGUGUGAACCACCUGAACAACGUCACACACCUGUACACCUCCGACACGCAGGGCCUCUCCUUCUCGCUGUCGCUGGAGAACGUCCUGUACUUCAGCCCGGGGGGGUCAGGCAGCCACACACUCAUCAGGUACUUUGCCAACGAGCCCUUUGCCGACCUGCACCGCGUGGACGGGCUGCGGGGCGUCUUCAUCGCCACGCUCAUCAACGGCUCCGUCAGCGAGGACAACAUGCGCUCCGUCAUCACCUUCGACAAGGGGGGGACGUGGGAGCUGCUCCAGCCGCCGGCCGCCGACAGCCUGGGGGGCACCGUGGACUGCCAGCUGGGCAAAGGUUGCUCCCUCCACCUGGCCCAGCGCUGGAGCCAGCUGUUCAACAUCCAGCUGAGGAGGAUGCCCAUCCUGUCCAAGGACUCGGCACCAGGACUCAUCAUGGCCACCGGGUCUGUCGGCAGAAACUUGGCCAACAAGCCCAACGUGUACGUGUCGAGCAGCGCCGGAGCGCGCUGGAGGGAGGCGCUGGCAGGCCCUCACUUCUACACAUGGGGCGACCACGGGGGCGUCCUGAUGGCCAUCGCACAAGGAGGCGCCACCACGCACCUCAAGUUCAGCACCAACGAGGGCGAGACGUGGUUCGACUUCCGCUUCUCGGACCGGGCCGUCUACGUGUACCAGCUGCUCACCGAGCCCGGGGAGAAGAGCACCAUCUUCACCAUCUUCGGCUCCUACGCGGACCAGCGGCACGGCUGGCUCAUCCUGCAGGUCAACACCUCCGACGUCCUGGGCGUGCCGUGCUCCGACGCCGACUACAAGCGCUGGUCUCCGUCGGACGAGCACGGCAACGAGUGCCUGCUGGGCCGAGAGGUGACCUUCAAGAGGAGGGCGCCGCACGCCACCUGCUUCAACGGCGAGGACUUCGACCGGCCCGUCAGCGUGGCCAACUGCUCCUGCACGCGGCAGGACUACGAAUGUGACUACGGCUUCAAGCCCAGUGAGGACUUGUCCCUGCAGGUGUGUGUCCCUGACCCCGAGUUCUCAGGCGACCUCUACGCUCCGCCGGUGCCGUGUCCCGUCGGCACCACCUACCGGCGCAGCAAAGGCUACAGGAGGGUUCCAGGAGACAGCUGCAGUGGAGGAGACGUGGCGUCCAGGCUGGAUGGAGAGAUGCUGCCUUGCCCCGUGGGAGAGAGCAACGAGUUCAUCCUGUACGCCGUGAGGAACUCCAUCCAUCGCUACGACCUGGCCACCGGCGCCGACCAGGCGCUGCCCCUGGCCGGCCUCCGGGAGGCCGUGGCGCUGGACUUCGACUACGACAGGAACUGCCUCUACUGGGCCGACAUCUCGCUGGACACCAUACAGCGUCUGUGUCUGAACGGCAGCACGGGUCAGGAGGUCGUGGUGAGGAAAGACCUGCAGAACGUGGAGGCCCUGACCUUUGACCCCAUCAGCAGGCUGCUCUACUGGGUCGACGCCGGGGCGCAGAAGAUCGAGGUGUCGAACCCGGAUGGCGACAUGAGGCACACGCUGCUCAACUCGUCCAUCCUGGAACAUCCAAGAGCUCUGGUCCUGCUGCCGGGAGAGAGCCUGAUGUUCUGGACGGACUGGGGCGACCGGGCCGCCGGCGUGUACCGGAGCUACAUGGACGGCACCAAUGCGUCCUGCGUGGUGUCGGAGGGGGUCCGCUGGCCCAACGGCAUCGCGGCAGACGAGCGCUGGCUGUACUGGACCGAGGCCUACAGCGACCGCAUCGAGAGGGCCGACUUCACGGGGGGGGCCCGCAGCGUCCUGGUGGAGGGGCUGCCCCACCCCUACGCCAUCGCCGUCUUCAAGAACGACCUCUACUGGGACGACUGGUCCAGGAUGGGAAUCUUCAAGGCCCCGAAGGCCGGUUCCCAGAGCAACGAGCUGAUCGUGGGCCGACUGACCGGAGUCAUGGACCUCAAGAUCUUCUACAAGGGGAAGAACCGAGGACACAACGCCUGCGCCGACCAGCCGUGCAGUCUGCUGUGUCUGCCUCAGCCGGGUCACCGGCACACCUGCGUCUGCCCGGACGGCGCCCCAACCGUGGCCACGCCCACCGGGGAGCUGCAGUGCCUGUGCCCCCCCGGGUACCUGCUGCAGAACGGCACCUGCGUGAAGACCGAGCACAGCUGUCUGCCCAACCAGUACCGCUGCUCCAACGGCCGCUGCAUCAGCAGCAUCUGGAAGUGCGACAGCGACAACGACUGCGGAGACAUGAGCGACGAGCAGGAGUGUCCCACCACCACCUGCGACCCGUCCAACCAGUUCCGCUGCGUGGUCUCGGGCUCGUGCAUCCCGCUCGCCUUCAAGUGCGACCACGAGGACGACUGCGGGGACAACAGCGACGAGGAGCGCUGCGAGUCCCACCAGUGCGGCCCGGGAGAGUUCACGUGUGCACGCGGCGUUUGCAUCCGCGAGGCGUGGCGCUGCGACGGAGACAACGACUGCAGGGAUUGGUCGGACGAGGCCAACUGCACAGUGGGACGCCAUACGUGUGAGGCCAGCAGCUUCCAGUGCCACACGGGCCACUGCAUCCCGCAGCGCUGGAUGUGCGACGGAGACGACGACUGUCAAGACGACUCGGACGAAGACCCGCGGUACUGCGAGGGAACGCGAUGUAACGGCUUCCUCUGCUCCAAUCACACCUGCCUGCCGGCCACCGCGCACUGCAACGGCAUGCGGGAGUGUCCAGACGGCGCCGACGAGAACAACUGUGACCCGCUGUGCACCCGCUACAUGGAGUUUGUGUGCAAGAACCGAGCGCAGUGUCUGUUCCAGUCGCUGGUGUGCGACGGCAUCAAACACUGCGAAGACGGAUCCGACGAGGACGCCGACUACGCCGGAUGUGCCACGCCGUCGGAGUUCGGUAAAGUGUGCGAUUCCUACACCUUCCAGUGCGCCAACGGGGUGUGCGUGAGCCUGGAGUGGAAGUGCGACGGCAUGGACGACUGCGGGGAUUAUUCCGACGAAGCCAACUGCGCGGCGCCCACCGAGGUCCCCGGCUGCUCGCGCUACUUCCAGUACGAGUGCAGCAACGGCCGCUGCAUCCCGACGUGGUGGAAGUGCGACGGGGAGAACGACUGCGGGGACUGGUCCGACGAGGCCCAGUGCACGGGCGGAGUCACCCCUCACACCGUGGCCCCCGGCCGCUCUACUUGUGCCCCCAACCGCUUCCACUGCGGCUCCGGAGCGUGCAUCAUCAACACCUGGGUGUGUGACGGCUACGCAGACUGUCCCGACGGCAGCGACGAGCUGGGCUGCCCCACAGCAGCCAACGGCAGCACCAAAACGCCGGCCCCCACUCAGGCUCCGCCCUCUCCCACGCGCUGCACCCGGGGUCAGUUCCUGUGCCGCCGCCCGCCCCGCUGCAUCCCAGACUGGCAGCGCUGCGACGGCGUGCCGCACUGCCAGGACGGCUCGGACGAAGCCCACUGCCCGACCCGCGGGCCUCUGUUCUGCGGCAACGGGACGCGCUGCUCUGACGGGGAAGCCUGCGUUCUGGACGGCGAGCGCUGCGACGGCUUCCUGGACUGCUCGGACCACAGCGACGAGGACAACUGCACCCAAGACACCCUGGCCUAUAAAGUCCAGAACCUCCAGUGGACACCUGACUUCCUGGGUGCCAUCACGCUGACUUGGUCCCGUCCCAAGAGCCUCCCUGUGGACUCCUGCUACUUCCUCGUUUACUACAGGCUGGUGGGCACCCAGCAGUGGACCGUCAUGGACACGCACAGCAACAAGACCAGCUACAAGCUGAUGGUGCUGCAGCCCGACACCACCUAUCACGUCAAGGUGCUGACCCAGUGCCUCAGCAGGCUGCACAAGAGCAACGAGGCGAUCACCGUGAGGACGCCAGAGGGACUGCCCGACCCCCCCAGGAACCUGCAGCUGUCCUGUGAUAAUGGCGAGGACGGGACGGUGGAGGCGUCCUGGAGCCCUCCGGACAAAGGACACGGCCUCGUCAGAGAGUACAUCGUGGAGUACAGCGAGCGAGGAGGUCCCGACUGGACGUCCCAGAGAUGCACCACCACCAGCAGCGAGGUGAAGGAGCUGCAGCCGGACACUUUGUACCGAUUCAGGGUGGCGGCCGUGACCAGUCGAGGUGAAGGCAACUGGUCCGAGGUUAAAUCCAUCACCCCCAAGAAAGGUACAGGAGGGACACAGGGGACACGCACACACACAGGGGACACGCACACACACAGGGGACACGCACACACAGGGGACACAAUUACGGGGACGCUCAAGUGGCAGCCGCCCUACGACGCGCCCAGCGCCCCGCUGACGUACGCCAUCCACGUGCGCGACGUGAUCCGCAAAGAGGAGCGAGACUACAAGCUGACGAGCAGCAACAACACGGUGGAGUUCCUGCUGAGCGGCCUGGAGCCGGCCGGCCGCUACGCCGUCUCUGUGCGCCUCCGCAACAUGAGCAAAGAGGCGGGCUUCACGCUCAGCACAGGUGCGCCGUGCACGAGCGCCAUCGCACUUAUUUUCCUCCAGAUUUGCAUGUGCGCGCGUUUCCCGCAUCGAAGGCGCGAACGUGGUUACGAGGUGCACGUGUACGACAGCGUCACCAACCAGACGUCCCGCCUGGGCAACACCACGGAGACGUACUUCCGCAUCGGCAGCCUGCUGCUGGGACACAACUACACCUUCUCGGUGCAGGCGCGCUGCCUCCUCAGCGGCCAGCUGUGUGGCGAGCCGGCCCUGCUGCUCUACAACCAGCUGGCGGCGGGGGCCAGCGGCGCGUCCCGCAGCGAGGGCCGCACGGGGGACGUGGCGGCGGUGGUGGUGCCGGUCCUCUUCCUGCUGCUGCUGGGGGUGUGCGGCGGCCUGGUGGCGCUCUACCUGCGGCACCGCCGGCUGCAGAACAACUUCACCGCCUUCGCCAACUCCCACUACAACUCGCGCCUGGGCUCCGCCAUCUUCUCCUCUGGGGACGAGCUGGGCGACGACGACGAAGAUGCUCCCAUGAUCAGCGGCUUCUCGGACGACGUUCCAAUGGUCAUCGCGUAGCGAGACGCCCCCCCCUUCUGUUACCUGUUUCUCGCUCCUUGCUCCCCCCGACUCCCCCCCACCCACCCCCCCGCUGGACGAAGCGAAGUGGAAACCGGCGGCAAACUUCGCCCAUUAGCAGGAAACAUGAAGACAAAAAAGAGAAAGAUAUUUUUCAAAAUACAAUGCACUGUUUUGUGGACGCGCAAUAACUUAUUUUUUAUAAUGUUAAGCAUAUAUAUAUAUAUAAAUAUAUAUAUAUAUAUAUGUAUAAAGGGUCAAAACAAAAGGACUGCGAGGAAGAAGUGGACUCUGAAGCAAAGUGAAGGAGUCGAGUUUGUCGGGAUGGAGACCCUGUCUGUAAACUCGCCGUCCAAUCAGAGCGUCCAUUGCUUGAAGCCAAAAUGCAUCCAGAAACUGGAAUAUACUGUAGAAUGCAAAAAACCACACAAACACACAUAGGGGAAAAUAUAUAUGUAUAAAGAGAAAGGCUGUAUACAACAUGUCCAAAUAGACGAUAAUGGUCACAUAUUUGGGCUUAGGUACUAUUGCAGAAUACGCCGGCUUGGGCCGGUUAGAUGAGCUGACCGUGCAAUCGCGUUCCAUCUUUCACAUAAUCUGAAUUUUUUCCAUUUCAAUGGUUCUUCGUAAAGUCUGUUGAGGGGUCGACCCUCCGGCCCCGCGUAGAGACCUCAUAGAUCUUUAUUGUCCACCACCAGCACACUGUUGUAUGUCCAUACGUAGAGGCCACACACGGUACGAGAAUAUUCCCCCUCGCCGCGCUGCUCACCGGAUUUGUAGAUACCGGCUUUUACUAAUGAGUCCUCCCCUUGCUGCACCGCGUCAUUCUGUCAAAAUGUGUUUUUAAAUCCGUCAGGACCACGAAUUAAAGUCCCUCAGCAUUUUUGCCAUAGUUGUAGUCGUAGAGGAAGUGGGUUCUCAGGGAACUGUGUCGGAGCGGUCACCAGCGCACCACCACCACCACCACCACCAACACCACCACCACCACCACCACCACGGCUUAGGCAGCACCGCCCAUCCGCCUGUGUUGAAUCCGUUUGUGUCUAGAAAAAUCAUUUAAAGGGAUAACUCAAUUAAAAUCACACGUCACCGUGUUUUUAAGUAGCCAGUAGUCGUGUCUGGUGACGCCGAGGUUUUUACACGUGUCUCGAUAUCUUAACAGCGACUUCUUUUUCCAGAAAUUUGUUGGCCCGAGACGUUCGCUAACUAACGUACGAGGCCGGCCGGCCGGUUGCAGUUGUUAGGAAGCUGACCAGGAGCAUGCUAGUUAUCUGGUUUAAUGCUAGCACGAGCCAGCUACGAGCGCCAAACCAGGUCAAGCGACCAACAAAUACAAACAUACAUUUGAAAGUAUAGCUAGCUAGUAGCAUGCUAGUUAUCUGGUUUAGUGCUAGCGCGAGCCAGCUACGAGCGCCAAACCAGAUUAAGCGACCAACAAAUACAAACAUACAUUUGAAAGUAUAGCUAGCUAGUAGCAUGCUAGUUAUCUGGUUUAGUGCUAGCGCGAGCCAGCUACGAGCGCCAAACCAGAUUAAGCGACCAACAAAUACAAACAUACAUUUGAAGUAUAGCUAGCUAGUAGCAUGCUAGUUAUCUGGUUUAGUGCUAGCAUGAGUCAGCUACGAGCGCCACCUAGUUGGCUAGAAAUCAAGCUAAUCAAGCUAUCAUAAAAAAAUGCAUUUUAAAAGUAGGCCUGCUAGCCAGUAGCAUGCUACAUUAGCUUGAUGACGAACAAGACAUUUCAUUUCCAUGUCAGAGUUCAUCAAAACAAACAUUUUCUUCAUCUAAUCAGCUGCUUUUCUCCCUCUCGUAGUUGCCUUGUUUUGUCCGACAACAAUUCAAAGCGGAAAAAUAUUCUAUUUCAUAAAACUAGCGUAUUGGCCAGUGUUGGUGUUUCGUCAAUCUUGCCAAUCAAUCUCGUCAAUCUCAAUCAUUUGAGUGAUGACUCAAUAAUAAAAUCCCCAAAGUAGCAAUAUAUUUGCUGUAAUCCAGUUGAUUAAAAGUCCUCUGUCAACUUUUCUGGAAAAAGAUGUCUCUGUUGAUUUUAAUUUUAUAUUUUCAUGCCGUGAGAUUGCAUCUCAACUCUGCUGCACGUGUAUUCGUGCGGAGGUUCUUAAACUCUGUCGCUGCGACGACCACGCGCUGAAACGCCGGUAAAACGUGCAAUUCUUUUUGCAAUUAGGAUUGUCCUUUUAACUCCAGUUAGUGGUACCAGUUGUAUGUACAGAAGAGACUGUUGCACGUAAAUGUAUGAUCACAAAAAAAAGGAAUUUGGGGAUAAUCAUGUUGUUCUGACUCCGUACUGUAGUCCAUUAACUGAUAUUUUGUGUUUCGGUUUGAGCCGGUUUGGUGUUCUGCUUUCUCUCGUCUUCAUGAAUGUAUUUUAUACCUGUACUGUCCCAGCUCAUUAUGCUACUGCCCACCUGUGAAGUUAGUGCACCCCCCUCUGGUCUCCCCCCUGGUUUGGUUGUUACAGCCCGAAGCCCCACAUCACAAACCCACAGCAGCAGAACGUUCCUGUUUUCGUUCAUCUUCUCAUUCUGACUCCGGAUCAAUGAGGACGUUCUUGGUUUCCUCAAGUCUGGUUUUCUUAAAGGCCUUAACAGCUGAUUCUUUUCAUGGCAUUAAUGCUGUUUGAUUUUUUAUUUUUUAGCUGUGUGGAGUUUCUGUUUUGCCACAUAUUGCCUUAUUAGAACACAUUGGGUUUGUAUGUGAUGUGCUGUUUGUAUGAUAGAACACGGAGGCUGGGGAGGAGGUUACCGUUUGGGCAUUGGGUUCAUUUGUCAGAUCACUGCUCUUUCAUGGCUGCUUUUACGCGAGCCUCUUUGUCUCUUUCCAUUCAGGUUUUACUCGUGUACAAAGUUUAAUUAUUGGUUAUUAUGUGGCCGUUCGUUCCCCACUUGUCUUAAGUAGUUUGCUUCGAAAUGUUGUGUGGCACAGAGUUUGAUCCUUUUGGCCACAUCGGAAGAUAUAAAUGUCCCGCUUGCUUGUCUCGGAGGUUGCAAGAACAACGAGACGUUUGGAGAGACAGUGUGAGGCGUUUUUAAAAAACACUUGUACUGAAAUAAACUUCCUGAAAAUCAAA